AUGGCCGCCAGCGCUUGGCACCCAGGCCCGGGCCCGGCGCCUCCGAGGAUGCUGCGGCCCCGGCCAUGGCGGCGCGGCCGCGCUUCCUCCCGCCCCUGCGCGAGCCCCAGAUGCUGCGGGUGCGGCCCACGUCCCUGCGCGCCCAGGACGCGUCGCUCCCGCUCUGGCGCGUCUUCCGCGGCCUGGGCGCCCCCGAGGCGGUCGGGGAGGAGCUGGGCGCCAGCCUGGUCCGGGCGCGGGGCAGCGAGGACCCGGGGCAGCGCAGGUUCGUGGAGGAGCUCAGGCAGGUUCGAGAGCUCUAUAAGCAGCGUCUAGAGGAGGUUGACAUGUUGGAGAAACACAUCAUUCAGGCUCGGGCUCGAACCCUUGCAGAGAAGGAGCGGUGUGUGCAGCAGCUUGGGAUAGAGACCCUGGGGUCCGUGGUGGAGAUGCCACCAGGACAAGUUAUUUUCCGGUGGUCCGUGGAUAAUGAACUGCUACAGAAGCAUCAUCUGAUCUGCCCAUAUGACUAUCAUAGUGGCCCGGUGCCAUUCUACUCUGCACCCAAAGAGAGUGCCACUCCUGGCUAUACAAAAAUGACAUUUAGUUUCGAGAAGAAGUGUUCCUUCGUCAAGAAACAGCUGACCAAGAAGACUGAAGUUUCCCCUAAGAAGCUCUCUGAGAGUGACGAGGAGUCAGACAAUACGAUGAGCAGCUCUACAGAGGUCUUAGCAUCUAAGGACAAAAUCAGGCCCAAAGGAAAGGUCUUGAAAGCAAGUUUACCCAGUAAUAAGAACUGGAUGAAGCACCUGCGUAUGCCUCAGAGAAGACUGGAGCGGCUUCUGCUGGCCCAAAUGGAGGAGCGGAAUGAUUUUUUGAAAAACCCUCGAUUUUUCCCUCCUAACACUCCACAUGGAGGCAGGUCUCUCCUCUUUCCUCUCAAGGAAUUGGCUCAGGAAGAAUUCCAGAACACAGACCUAGACCAGAGCUGCGCUGAUACCCCCGUGUUUCUAGCUAAACCGUCGAUUGGAUUUUUCACAGAUUACGAAAUUGGAUCCAUCUAUGAGAUGGGGAUCUCUUUGCAGAACACCACUUCCACCAGCCGCUACCUGCGAGUGCUUCCACCCUCUACACCGUACUUCUCUUUGAGUCUGGGGAUGUUUCCAGGGAAAGGCGGGUUGGUGGCUCCUGGUCUGGCGUGCCAGUUCGUAGUCCAGUUUUUCCCAGACUGCCUUGGGGAUUUUGAUGACUUGAUUUUAGUGGAGACCCAGUCCAGCCACACGCUUCUCAUCCCCCUGCAGGCCCGGAGGCCACCUCCAGUGCUGACUCUAUCACCAAAGCUGGAUUGCGGCUUCUGCCUCAUUGGGGGUAUCAAGACGAGCCAUUUCCUAUGCAAAAACAUAGGCUUUAGCAGCGGCAGGUUCUGCAUCAUGUCGAAGGGAAGCUGGCCACCUCCUUGCUUCAGGGCUGUCGCCACUCUGGGCUUUGCAGAACAACCUCCCUUUGUGAUCCACCCCACGGUGUUUGAGCUGGCACCUGGGCAGAACAUCUUGGUGGAGAUCAUCUUCUUCCCCACAAGCCCCGGACUGGUUGAGCGGACCUUUCUUGUGGUGUGUGACAAUUGUCAAGUCAAGGACCUGGUGAUCUCAGGAGUCGGGCAGCUGGUUGCUUUGGAGCUCGUCUCUAUCUCUGGAGUCAAAAGCCAGCCGGAACCAGGGGAGCUCACAGACCUAACAGCCCAGCACUUCAUACGCUUUGAGCCCAUAAACCUUUGGUCCAAGUCCAGAAAGCAGCUGAUUAUUAGAAACGCUACGCACGUGAAGCUGCCGUUCCACUGGCAGAUCCUGAAGCCCAACCUGCAGGCGCUGCUGCCAGGGAAAGCCUACGACCCAGCCUCCAUCAAAUUCAUUGCCGACAGGGACACGGCGUUCUCCAUCACGCCCCACAGGGGCGUCUUCUGCGCCCACAAGGACCAUGAGUUCAUCCUAACCUUUGCACCUCGUGAGCUCAGGCCGUUCCACAGCGUGCUCCAUCUGGUGCUUGAGGAGAUACCAGAGCCUGUCAGCUCAGAUACCAGCAGCUCCAAGGACACGUCCUACUCGUCAGAAGACAUGAUCAUCCUGGAGGUGGAGGUGAAAGGAACCGUGGAGCCAUUCCAGGCACUGCUGGAACCCUACGCCAUCAUCGUCCCUGGGGAGAGCUAUAUCGGUGCCACCGUGAAGAGGGACUUUAAGAUGUGGAACCACAGCAAGUCGCCCAUCAGCUACGUCUGGGGGAAGAUCUCUGACUGCCACAUUGUGGAGGUGGAGCCCUGCACAGGGACCAUAGAGCCCAACGAGGUGGAGCAUUUCGAGCUGAACUUCACCGGGGCUGCCCCUGGCCCCAUGAUCGUGGCCCUGCCGUGUGACAUCAAAGACUCUGCGUGGCCUGUGAUGCUGCACGUCGAGGCAACCUUCAAGGGACCGACACUCGUCCUGGACACCCCGGCCCUGAAGCUGGGUCUGCUGCGCCUGGGACAGAGGGUCAGCAGCAUCCUGCGAGUGCAGAACCUCAGCCAGCUCCCUGCCGCGUGGCAGCUGCGGGAGAGCGCCCACUGCCUGGAGGAGAGGGGCGAGGCCGCGUCUCCUUUCUGCAUCGAGCCCUGCUGCGGGCAGUUGCCACCUCUGGGGGACUGCUGCGUGCAGGUCACCUUGGCGGCGUUGAGCUGCCAGCGGCUGGAGACCAUCCUGGAGCUGGAGGUGGCCAAUGGGGCCUGGAGCUACCUGCCUGUGUAUGCUGAAGUUCAGGAGCCCCACGUGUACCUGCACAGCAGCCAUGUAGAGAUGCAUGACCUGUAUGUGGGCGUGCCCGCAGAGGUCACCGUGACCCUCAUCAAUGGGACAGUCCUGCCCACACAGUUCCACUGGGGCAAGCUCCUCGGGCACCAAGCGAGCUUCUGCAUAGUCAAAGUCUGCCCCAGCCAGGGCACGCUGAACCCCAGUGAGGAGCGCCUGCUCCAGCUCGAGCUGACUGCUCUCACGCAGGUAGAGCUGACCGACCUGGCCCUUCCUUGCCAUGUGUCUGGCAUGGAGAAACCACUCGUUCUGGGCAUUUCUGGGAAGCCCCAGGGGCUGCAGGUGACCAUCACCGUCUUGGCAGAGGACUCUGAAAGCAGUGUCUCCAUCACAGAUUCAUGGGCGGGCUACUCAGAGGCGCUCCGCCUGGACUUUGGCUCGGCAGUGCCCCUGAGGACCUUUGUGGAUCGCCAGCUUGUCCUGACCAAUCAGUCGCCUAUCCAGACCACGUUUUCACUGCACUUCGAAUACUUUGAGAGCCCCCCAGAUGUCCUGAGGCAAAAACACACUGUCCCUGACAUGCCUCCUACUCUGCUGAAGAUGCCCCGGAUCCACACACUCUUGGAAAAGCAAGAGUCUCUGGAUUUCAUGGAAGCCAUGUUGUCUCACGGGAAAGGAGUCGCCUUCUUUCCCCACACAUCUCACGGCGUGUUGGGCGCCCACCAGCAGCUCAGCAUCCACCUCACAGCCUGUGCAAACAUGUGGGGCGAGUAUUGGGACAACCUCACCUGCACGGUGGGUGAGCUGGUGCCUGUGGUGAUCCCAGUCCACUUGGUGGUGGUGGGCUGCCCCGUCAGCUCGCAGAGGAUCAACUGCUACACUGGUGGGCAGCUGCAGAAGGAGCCCUUCAUCAGGUUCGGCACCCAGGUAUCUGGGGGAAACACGGUGACACGGAUCCUUCGCCUCAGCAACACCAGCCCCUGUGACAUCCGACUGGACUGGCGGACCUUCACCCCAGAUAGUCGGGAGGACCAUCUGCUGGACCUGCUGGUAUUUCAUGGUCCCCCUUUCCCGCUGCAAGACCACGCUGGGAGUGAAGUUCCACGUGAGAGCCCCGAGAGCAGUGUGUCCGCGUCCUCAGCUCUCUCUGUAGUGUCCAGCAACUCCCAGGACGUCGAGCCUGUGCGUUGGGCCUCAGGCGGGUGGGUCGGCAGGCCCGGAGGUGGCGGUGGGUGCCGGGCAGCCUCAGCAUCUUCUCAAUGGCAAUUCAAGGACGGCAACGACAGCUCCGCAAUGGAGGUUGUCUCAGUGGUCCUGCAGGAGCAUGAAGGGCUGCCCUGCGACUCUCCCUACCACAUCAGCCCCCUGCAGAUGGUGCUCCCGGCUGGCGGUUCUAGCACCAUCUACAUCUCCUUCACCCCUGUGGUCCUUGACUCCAAGCACCCACAGAAGCUGGAGUGUUGUGGCUAUGCUCUGGGCUUCAUGAGCUUGGACAAAGAGGAGGAAAGGGAGUUCCCUGGGAGAUGGCGGCGACUGCAGGACUUUUCCGUGGAGCCCCUGAGGCUGGACCUGCACAGCUUCGUGAGACCUGCUUGGCUAAGUGUUGAACUGGACUAUGGUGACGGCGUGGAGUUCUGGCAGCCAGCCAGCGACCUCCUCCCUGAGGGGCCCUCCUCUGAAAUGCUGAGCGAGCUGGUGACCGUGCAGCGCCUGAAGCUGGCGAACACCUCGGAGAUUCCGCACCACUUCCGCCUUGAGGUGUCCAAACCCUUCUCGGUUUCUCAAGGGAAGGCGGAACACAGCCACAGGACCUUGGCACAGGGGUGGCUGGAGCUCAGCCCAUGGGAGAACAUGCUGGUGAAUGUCUCCUUCUCCCUCUCCCUGGAGCUGCUGUCCUACCAGAAGCUUCCGGCUAAGCAGAUGCCACCGUGGAUGACCAUCCAGCAGGGACCAAGUGGGGAGAAAGCGAUGGUGUUCACCCAAGACCUGCUGCUCAAGUACACGAACCAGACCACACAAAUGGUGCCCCUGCGGGCCACGGUGGCCCUGCCAGAGCUACAGCUCUCAGUCAGCUGCGUGGACUUUGGAAUCUGCUUUGUGAACCAGAGGUGCGUCCAGGAAAUCUCCCUGAGGAACCUGAGCAACUGCAGGACCUACUGGGCCAUAAUAAUGGCCAUGCAGAAGAAGAGAACAGACCAAGGGGUUUUCAGCGUCUCUCCAAGCAGCGGGAUGCUGGAGGCACGACCAUUCAACGCGCCCCCGACCUCUGUGGUCCUGAAGGUUUUCUUCACCGCCAGGAGGAGACAAGCGUACCAGGGCACGAUGCUGGUGGAAGGCGCACUUGGAGAGGAAGGCUGUGUGCUGAAGGUCCGUGGCAAGGGCUCUUACGAUGAGAAAUACGAGCUGCAGCCCAACUCCUGAGGGGCUUUGGAAAUAAACUUGGCCAGGGCAAGAUCUG